GUUAUUAGGUACCUAUACUAAUGAAUACGGAUUUUGUUAUUGCUUUGGAAGACGAUUUAAAUUUAAAACAUUUCAAAAUCGUUCUCGUUCAGAUUAUUAAAUACAUUUAGUAUGGAAGAUUUUGAAGUGAAUAUUUCAAAAAUCCUUUCAGGAUUCAAUAUGGAAGGAGAUGCAGAAAUAUCUUCAAAGCUAGCAAACUUUAACUUUAAUAAUUCAGAUGACAAUGUAAUGGAAAUUUUACAGAGUAUAAAUGGAAUUGGAUAUGAAAUAGAUGAAAAUUUAUACUCAUUACCGAGUAUGUCUAUGAAUAAACUAUAUGAACGGAAGAAACAAAUUAUUAUAAGUCAUCAUGAACUUGCUCAUAGAUAUUAUGAUAGUCUGACAUUUUCUAAAAGAUUGCAAAGAAAGUUAGCAUUAUUAAACCAUUUAUAUGAUAUACUUCAUAUUAAAUAUUAUUCAACUAAGGAUGAUAAAAAUGUUCAAAUUUUAAUGGCACCGCAAAAUUCUGUUGAAGAAAGUAUAAAGCCUGUUAUUAAGUUAACUGGGCAGCAAGUACUUAUACAGUUAACUAUUAAAACAGGACUAACAAUGUUUUUUACAUUGUUAAAACAAAGUUGGGAAAAUAAAAAUGCAAAUGACAUAAAUAUGGGUUUAGAUGUUCUUAGUUCAGCAUUAACUUUGAUGAGAGAAUUAAAUCCACUUUCUUUGGGUAGUAAAGCUGAAUUACCUCAACUUGGUUUGGACUGUUUAGAUAACGUAAUGCUUUUUGUAAAAGAAUGUUUAAAUGCUGAUUUCAUAAAAAAUAUUAAUGUUAAAGAACAACUUGCAGAACUAUCAUUAUUAUUAGCAUAUCAGCGUGAAUCUCUAAUUUAUUUAUUGGAAUGGAUUGAUAUGGCCUUAAAUAUUGAUGAUGUUUGUUUACCGUUUGAAAAACUUUAUCGAGUUUUGGAAGAAAUGUCAUCUAUAUUAACCUUUGCUUUUGGAUCAGAAGAAUUUGAUAGUUAUAAGUCUAAAAAUACUAUACCAUUACAAGAAGUGGCUUUACUAUUAAUGAAAAAGCUUGUUAGUUUUGGAGAAACUUCAGUUGUCCGUACUCCUUUAAAUCAAAAUUCUGCUGAACUACCACAACCUUUAAGUGAAGUAUUUAUGUGGGGAAGUAAUUCCUCAAAUCAACAUGCAGAAGGAGCAACAGAAGUUACAGAUGUACCACGAUUAGUUAGAUCUUUAUCAGAUGUACAGCAAGUAGAGGCAGGGCAGUAUUGUACAUUUAUUAUAGAUACAAAAGGUUGCGUAAGUGCUUGUGGAAAAAAUAGUUAUGGUCGUCUAGGUUUAGGAAAUUCAUCUAAUCAACCUGUCCCUAAACGCAUUAACAUUAAUUGUAAAAUCAAACAAGUUUCAUCAUCAAAAGGUUGUGAUGGUCAUUCACUAGCUUUAAGUGAUACAGGACAUGUUUAUAGCUGGGGAGAUGGUGAUUAUGGAAAAUUAGGACAUGGAGAUGUAGCAACACACAAAGAACCAAAACUUAUUCAAGGACCAUUUGUUGGAAAAGUAAUUGAAUUAGUUAGUGCUGGUUAUAGACAUAGUGCUGCAGUUACCAGUGAUGGACAAUUAUAUACUUGGGGUGAAGGAGACCAUGGUCGAUUAGGCCAUGGUGAUUGUAAUCCUAGACUUAUACCUACACUUGUCAAAAGCUUAAGUGAUAUGCCAGUUGGUUAUGUUGCUUGUGGUUCAACUCAUACUUUAGCUUGUUCACGUGAUGGAAAUACUGUUUGGUCAUUUGGUUCUGGUGAUAAUGGUAAACUUGGCCAUGGUAAUACAUUAAGAUUGUAUAAACCUCAAAAAAUUGAUGGAUUGCGACAUUAUAAAAUUAAAAAAGUUGCUGCUGGAAUACAUUUUUCCGUUGCAUUAGCUUGUACCGGUGAAGUUUUCACAUGGGGUCAAGGAUCAAAUCUUGGAUGUGGUUCAUCGGAAAUCACUUUAUUCUCACCUGCAGUUGUUGAAGAUCUAAUGCAACAAAUGACUAUAGAUAUAUCUGUAGGCGAUUCUCAUUGUUUGGCUUUAACUAGGAACUGUGCUGUUUAUGCAUGGGGUUCUAAUGGAAAAGGACAAUGUGGACAAGGCCAUUCAACAAGUCCUGUUAGUCGUCCUAGUAAAGUAAUUAACUUGGAGGGUAAACAAAUAAAUCAAAUUUCUGCUGGUACUUCUCAUAGUGUUGCUUGGACAACAUUACCUCCAGAUAGGCAAACAAAUGUUUGGCAUAGUCCAUUCUGUAUUGACUUGCAUGAAAGUACAUUCAAAUGGUUAAGACAGUUCAUUGAAAAAUAUUGUGAACAAAUUGAAUCUCAUCAAUCCACUCCAAAUGAUUUAAAUGAAGAAAUGUUAAUCUUGAGUCUAAAUAUGCUUAACAAUCAUUUAUUUUUUGCCCGUGUAUCUGGUCAUGAUUUUUCGAAAUUACUUGGUAAUGAAACUAGUCAACUUCGAACACUCCUUUUGAAACUUGUUGAUUUGCAAGUAAAAGAAGUUGUGGAGAGAAGUUUAAUGGAUUGUUUAUCUACUGGUGCAUCUCUUCUUUUACCCCCAUUAUCUGGUCGUCUCAGUAUUCUUAAAUCUCUUCUUGCCCAAGAAACAAAUUUAACUACUGGACAAAAAUUGCUUUUAGAUGUUACAGUUUCUAGUUUAAAUGAUAAUAGUCAUAUUAGUUCAUUAUUCAGAGUCAACUCAAUGGAUUUAUAUGAAAAUAGAUAUUUAUCUAUCGAAGAAGUUAUGAAGCUGUUACUAAAACAUUUAACAAAUAGUACUAUAACCUUAUUGGAGUCAAAUAAUUAUCCUGCAUUCAAAAAAGGAAAUAAACUCAAUGAGACACUUACCUCCCUUCAUAAAUUAUUACUGUCACAUUUAUUGGCCUAUAACAUUAAGUCCCCCCAUUACAGUAAUUCUUGUCUGAGUAUGAACCGUCUUUUUGUUAACCAUUUAGAAUCAUACUUAGUAUUUGCUAAUACAAUAUUUAGAACAACUGUUGCUUCAUAUAAUGAUGAACACUAUAUUUUUUAUAAUGAUGUCUUGUCUUCAUCUAUAGUUGGAGAAACAAUGAUUAAUACACUAAAUUCAUUAACAUUUUUACAAAGUGAACAUAUUCAACCUGUCCUAACUUCUUUAAUAAAUACAGUUCAAUCUCUUCAUAUAUUAAAUCAAAAAAUGUGUAUCAAUGAUCCUGACAAAAUGAAUGAAUCUAUUUGGUUUAUUGAACUAGAAUCAGCAUUUUGUUUAUUGAUUGGCCGUUUAAUAAGCUAUGGAAUAAUAAGUUCACCACUAUGUCCAUCUGAAAUAUGCAAUGAGCGGUGGUUAAAAAGUAAAUUAUUUUCUUCAGGCAUUGAAAAAUUAGAAGAUAAAAGUAUAUUUGAUGAUAUAGAAGAACGGUUAAAAAAAAUUUCUAAUACUGGAUUCAUUGUAUUAGAACAUGAAUUGAAUUUCAUUCCUCAACCAUAUUUAAACUUAUUAAAAUAUAUAUUAUGUGAUUAUGAACAAAAUGAAGAUAAUGUUGCAUUAACUAUUUGUAACAACUUUAAGGAUAAAUAUGAAAGUUUUUUAAAAGACAAUAAAUAUGAUAUGAUUACUCGUUUGACAUUGCCAUUAUUUUAUGUUACAUUAAUAAAAAUUGAUGGAAGACCUCUUAAAGACUUUUUAUUUAACAAAAAUCUUGUGUCCUUCAUUAAUGAAAUGUGUAUGAAGAUGUUUUUUGCUCUUGUCAAUAAUCUAGAAAAAUCUAUUAUGUUUUCUGAAAGUAAUUUUCCAAACUCUGCUGUGGAUGAAUAUCAAUGCUUAAACAUUUCUAGUAAAUGCUGUUUUUUGUUAACUGCGGUUCGUGGUAUGCAUAGUGAUUUGUCAUUACCCAAUAAACAUCUCUUAAAAGAUGAUUUAACUCCAGCUAAUAAAUCAGUAUUAGAAUCAGUUUUAGAAUUUGUAUUAGAUUCUAAACAAGCAACCAAUCCUUAUGCAUUAAUACAAGCAUCAGAAGUUGAAGAAAUUAGAGCACAUGACCGUUUAGCAGCUUUUAAUCGUAUUACAAAAAUGUUGAAAAUUAUUGAUUUUGUUCAAGAUUCAUCUAAUCAUAUUUCAUUAAAUCAUAUGUGUAAGGUAUUUGAAGCAUUUAUCUGUGGCCUUUUGGGAUUAUACCAAUCUCAAAUUAUCGAACAUCAUACUAUUGAUCACUAUUAUUCAGCAAUUAAUACAGUUCCAAGAUCAAUUAAAAGGCAAAUUCAAAGUGCUGUUCUUAAUAUAUACAAACAUUUUGAAAUAUAUUUAAGAAUGAAUAUUGCAACAUCAGAAUUAUUUUCCAUUCAAAUAUCUAUACUUUCUUUACUCAACAUGCAUUUUACUUUAUCAGAUUUUGAGUAUUUACUAUCAAAUAACUUACCUGAAAUGCUAGUUAACACAUGUAAACUUCAUGUUCCAUUUAUGUCUACUGAUCGAUAUUCAUUAGUCAUAGUAAAAAUGACUAGUAAUAUUCUCUAUAUUCUAGGAGUCUCCGGGUGUAAUCCAUAUUCUAGUUUUGAAAGUAUAAGAGCAGUUUUUAUGAACAUACACAAUCUUUUAGAUAUAUUAAUGAAUUCAACACAAUGUUCAAUAAUGGAACAAACUUUUUCUGAAACUUCUAAUAAUAUUUUACCUGAAGGGGUAAAUUCUCAAGAUUCAUAUCCAGUACAGAGUUAUAUUUGUGAUUUAUUAUCUUUUGUUCUGCAAUGUACAUCAUUUUCCCCUUUGUGUAUUAGUUCUAUCCAAUGGACUGAAACUCUUUUACGUUUAGCUCAAUGUUCUAAGACCAUACUCUUAGCUGAACAUUUUCGUUGUAAACUAUUAAUUUUGAGGCUAUUGCGUCAAAUAUUACCUCAUUUAAAAUUAUCUAGUAGUGGUCGCAAAAAAAUUGUGAAGACUUUAUUGGAACAACUUGCUGCUAAUAUGUGGUUAAUUCCACAACAAGUUGAAAAUAUGACUGCAUAUUUAAAACAAGAAGAUUUAGAUAAACAAAUGGAUAAAAUAUACUUAAAUGAUCCGAAUGAUAGUAAUCGUACUAAUAUUGAUAUUGGUGAAUUGCCAUUUUCAUUCCACGAAGAAAAAAGCUCUAAUUGUAUUAUUGAAAAAGAUCAUACUGUUAUUCACACUCAUGGUGGUAGAGCUUACGCACUUGGAUAUACUCCCUUUGAAAGUGGUGUAUAUCAAUGGAAGUUUUUCAUUUUAAAAGAACAUCAAGGCAAUGAAGGUUCAUGUAUUGGUAUAUCAAAAUAUCCCAUUAAAGACCUAAACUAUAGGACAACUGCUGACAUGUGGCUUUACAGAGCUUAUAAUGGUGUUUUAUAUAAUGGAGGUCAGAAACCUCUUGCACUUAAAACAUUUACUCAAGGGGAUUAUAUUACUGCAAUAUUUGAUACUGGAUCAAGAACACUUAGUUUUGCUAAAAAUAAUGAUUAUCCUAUUGUUGCAUUUCAUAAUAUAGAUACCAAAACUAAACUUUAUCCUUGUGUGUUAUGUUAUAGUACAGCUGCUGGACAAAAAAUUAAAAUAAGUGAUUAUAGAGCUGAGCGAAAUAAAAACACUGAACUUUUUGCUGGAGAACCUUAUUUAGCACCCAUGUUUGCAUGUAUUAAUGAAAAUUAUAUAAAAAUAAUUAGAAUUUUGCACAACUCUGAUCUGUGGUUAAAUGAGGUAAAUGAGUGUCUUCUAGAACAACUUUCAUUUUUGAAAAGCGUUCUUCCUGAAGUAUGUUUUAAAACAAUAAUAUUAGAAGAGAUAUCUAAGUCUGUACAAAAAGAACCAAUUUGUGAAAACAUUGGAGAGAUUGAUGUGAAUAUUCUAUGUGAAAAAGUGUGGCCUACAUUAGCAGUAAUCGGUGGCCUUGAUAGAGGUCUGAGAGUAGAUGGAAGAUGUUAUGAUGUGGAUCAAAAAUCAUUUGGUACUAUAAUGGGAACUUUAAAAAAAGGAUUUACAUCAACAAAAGUGAUGAGGGAAGACAAAAAUGAUACUGUCAGUGAUGUAUUGUUUAAAUCAUUAUUGCCAUGUAAUAAUAUAAAAUUUAAUCCAACUCGAUUGGAAUAUAUUCCAGCAUUAUUACUAUAUUCAAUUGGACGAUUAAGUGGAAUCACAAAUGAAUUGGUGUUUCCAAACAAUACACAAACUAAAACUUCAGAUAAUUUUCAUGAAGAUAAAGCUACUAAAUCAAUGGACAUGUUUUAUAAUCAAAUGGUUAUGAAUAUCAUGGAUAAAAUAAAAAAUGACCCAUCUUCAAGUAAAACUCAAGAUUUAGGAACUAACAUCCCAACCAAGGGUACAUCUAGUUUUGAUUUAGCUAACGAAGCCAAACUAUUUAAACUUUGUGCCUUACAGGCAAGUGCAUUAAAAAGUUUAGAAGUUAUUAUGACUAGUUCUAUGAGUGUCGACAUAAUAGUUAAUUCAGUUCCUCCAAAAUCAAAGCAACCAACUGAUGCUAAUAAAAAUGCAAUCAAUGAUACUAAAAAAAAACGAGAUAACAUAAAGGAAAAUGAAAAUAUGAAUGAAGUUUUAAUAUUUCUUUUCAGAUGUGCUUUUGAAAAAAGUUUAUGUUCGAAGAAUUUAGUUAUUGAAACAGAUAUAAUUGAUUGUGAAAGAAUAUUAAAUAUUCUUUAUAACAAUUAUCUCAAAGAAUGUGCUGAAAAAAAAUAUAGAAUUCCAGAUUUACAAAAUCGUUUAAAAACAUUAAUUAGUUUUCAAGAAAGUACUAAUGUAAAACGAAGAGAAUCUAUUUCUGGAGAAACUUCCAGAACUACUGAUGAUACUCCUAGAAGGAUUGUAAGAUCUCGUCGUAAUAUGUUACAUCGAUCAAAUACUAUCUAUGUAUGUCCUAAUUAUAGUGAACAACAUACAAACAGUUUGCUUCUUAGAAAUGAAAAUAAUGAACGAAUUCCUUCAAUAGCUACUCCUCUUAUUGAAAUGGGAUUUUCGGCGAGGCUAGUUCAAAGAGCUAUUCUUGCUUUAGGGAACACUUGGGAAACAAUGCCUCGAAAUGUAGCUAUAAAUAGUUUAGCUACUUGGAUGAUAGAACACCCUUGUAUACAAGAAACCAAUUUUGAAAGCUCUGAUAAUAGUACAGAAAGUAGAUCUCAAAUUCCAGUUAUAAGAAAUCCAUAUUAUGGAGGAGUAUCUCGCCCUGAACAUCUUUUAGAUGAUAGUCCUUUAGAUUUAGAUCCUCUAAGAUUAAGAGUUUCUAGUAGACGUCUAAGAGAACAGCUUACUUCAGGACAAACAUUUUAUAGAGCCCCAAAUUUGUUAACAAAUAAUGAAUUAGCUGAAGAUUCUGUAAAUCGAGUUAUGCAGACAAUAAAUUCAGAUGAAGAACAUCCAGAAUCACCAAUGGAAACACCUCCACGUAUACAUUCUCCAACAUCAGAAUCAAAUGUACUCGAUCCUUUUGCUACUCGUAUUGAUGGUGUAUUUUUGCCACCAAUAAAUCGAAACUCAGGAUUCAGUGUAACUGAAUUACGACCAUCUACUGAUAUAAUUGAUUCCGAAUCAGAAAGCAUACCGGCACUUAGAAGUGCUGACGAUGCUUCUUGUGUUAAAUGUCAAGAAAAAAUUGAAAAAUUAAGUAAUGUUGAGAUUAUCAAUCCGAGAAAAUCCUUAACAUCAGAUUCUACUCUUGUUUCCAAAUUAAUGGAUUAUUAUAAUUAUAUCAAUAGACCAUUUGAUAUGAAAUCAAUCAAUGAACAUUUAGACUCCUGUAAAUUUAUAUCUGACUGUGUUGAAGAUAAUUCUAUGGAUAAACUUGGUAUGGAGAUUGUUCCAUCACUUCCUAAUACUGAGGGCAAUUCUUCUAAUAUACUUCAGCAUUCUCCUAUGUUUAAGUCAUUGCCCCUCGAAGCAACUUUAAUGUCAACUACGGAAGAACGAAUAAAAGCUAUUAAUAGAAUGUUUUAUACAAUAUCAUAUUUGGCAUCUAAAAAUAUUGUUAUUAAUAUUUUGAUGUCACUUAUGAACUGGACAUUUGAGUCCGAAGAUUUAGUUGUAUGGAAACUAGAAAAGCUUGGUAUUAUUGAUGUAUCUAAAAUAGUCAACUUUACAAGACUUAUACUUAUUAUGGAUGUUUGGACUGAUAGAGAAUACAAAGAAAGUGAAGUUUUGCCAAAUAUAAUAGAAAAAAAUGUAUUAGAAUUAUUAUCAUUGACUAUUGUAUCAUUAGCUGAACAUUAUCGACCUGCGUAUAAACUAGCCAUAGCUAUACCUUCUCGAGACAUUUAUACCAUGGCAGUCGAAGGGCAUAUAUAUAUGCGACAUAAUUUAAAAGUUAUUAAAUUAAUUGUAAAUGAAUUUAUAAAAAGACUGGAUGUAUUGUCCAAAAACAGUGUAUGUGGAAUUAUUAAUCCAAAUGAAUAUGAUAAUGAACCUUCUGUUAAAAUGCUUAUUAAUGCAUUAUCUGCUUGUUUAUUAUCACAUGUUGUUGGUAAUGAAAUUAAACAUUGGGCCUGUAAACAAUUAGUAAAUAUAUUAGUAAAUAAGUCUUUACAUAAAAAGCAAAUAAUUUUACCUAAUGAAUCAGAUUUUCCUGGUGUAUUAAAAAGAUGUCCUAUAGUAAAGUUAGAAGGGCAUGAGAACCGUAUCAAUCAUGUUGUUUGGCAGCCAAAAGUAAAAUCACUUGCAACUUCUGGAUUUGAUGGAACAAUGAGGUUAUGGAAUAAUGAACUUGGUUUAGAGACAUUAUUAAUGUUUUUUAAAUCACCUCAAGUAUAUGGCAAUGAUUUAAAUGGUGAAUUAAUAUCAAAACUAUCAUGGUCACCAUCUGGAUUAUGUAUUGCUGCGUCUAUGGAAGGAACCCUUAAUAUUUACACAAUUCAAAGACAUGUUUUUAAAGAAGAUGAAACAUAUUUAUACACACAUACUCAAGAUGCUUGGAUAACAACCCUAGCCUGGUCUGGUGCAUCAAUAAAAAAUUCUCAUGAUUUUCUUCCUCAGUACUUAUUAGUUGGAGGUGUUGAUGGUUCUGUUAACAUGGCUCAUAUUGAUUCACUUGUUAAAAUAACUUAUGAAAAACUUAGUGAUUUUUGCUGUCUUGGAGUACCAGUUUCUCAUAUAGCGUGGCAUGAUGAUUUAGCUCCAUUUGCUAUAGCAUUUUCAUCUGGAGCUAUUACAAUUGGUAAAAUUCAAACAAUAACUGAACCUGAAUCAUUAACAAUUUGUCAAAGUCCUAUAUCAACCCUGCAAUGGUCUAAAGCUUUUAAUAUAUUAUCUGUAAGUAAUGUAGAAGACAAAAUGGUAAGGCUUUGGGUUAAAAAACAAAAUCAUUGGGAAAUAUUUCACGAACUAGAUCAUUUUAGUGAGCCUAGUUGUGUGGUUUGGUCUCCUAUUGUGGGUAAUAAAGGAUUAGUACUUUGUGUGGGUACUGUGAUUGGAUCUAUCAGUGUUUGGUUAAUACCUACUCCAUUUUCUAAAUUUAAACCUAAAGUUCUUUAUUCAUUUCAAGGACAUUUGUUUAAUUCUGUGACUUCAAUGAGUAUCCAUAGUAGUGGUUUAGUACUUGCUACAAGUUGUAGUAGGGGAACAAGUGGUGUUGUCAAUAUUUGGUCAUUGUUUGAUGGUAGCUUAUUAAAUACACAUACUGGUCCUGGUGGUGUGGAUGAUUUAUGCUGGAUGGAGGAUAAACUUGGACUUGCUGUUUGUUUUUCUCGUUCUAAGGAUGUUACAGUUAUACAAUUUAGUGCUGAUAAUCUUAUGCAUAAUCGGUUUCAAUCAAAUGCUCGAAGUGCUUUGCAUCGCUGUGGACUUCAUAAAGUUCAAUAUUUUUGUCAAUUUAUUUAUUUGUUACCUGAAUUGCUGCAGCUGCAAGUGAAUCAUGAAAAACAUAAAGUGUUAAUGGGUGAUCAUCUUUUGUAUAGUGAUUAUUUAAAAGGACUCAUUGGUAUUGCACUUGAAAUAUGGCCAGAUCAAACUUUUUGUUUUCCAUUUGUACCUCCAAAUUCCAGCCAUAGUAUUGAAUUUUAUGAAGAAUGGCAGUGGUUACAAAGAUUAAUAACAGUUUUGAAUACAGCUAAAGCAUUGCUAACCAGAAAGAAUUUCCCUGAUAGUUUUUUAAGUUACUUUUCGUCUGGUUUAAGUGAAGAAAAUGCUGAUCAUUAUUUGUGGAAAGAAGCUAUCAACAAUAAUAAUUGGACUAUAGAAGCUGAUCAACAAAUUGUUCAAUGGUUUAAUACAACUCCCCAUGACUGGCAACCAUAUACAAAAUGUGAUGCAUACCUUUGGGGUAAUGGUCGGAACGGACAGUUAGGUGAUACUGCUGUUUCGUGUAUAUGGUCUCCUGUAAAAAUUCCUAACUUUAAAAUUGCUCAACGUAUUGUUUGUGGACAAAACUGUACAUUUGUUUUGACUAGUCAAGGAACAGUUUUAUCAUGUGGUGAAGGCAAUUAUGGUCGUCUAGGUCAUGGGCAUUCCGAUAGUCUACAUAAUCUUACAAUGAUAUCUGCUUUACAAGGAUUUGUUAUUACUCAAGUAGCUACAUCUAUUGGUUCUGAUGGACAUAGUCUGGCUUUAACUGAAACUGGAGAAGUAUUUUCAUGGGGAGAUGGCGAUUUUGGAAAACUAGGACAUGGUAACAAUGAACGCCAGAGAAAACCAAAGUUAAUUGAAUCUCUAUAUGAUGUAGUAGUUAUUCAAGUUGCUUGUGGACAUAAACAUAGUGCUGUAUUAUCUCAAGAUGGUGAAGUUUAUGUAUUUGGAAGUGCUGAACAUGGAAAAUUAGGGUUAGGUGGUCACACAAACAAAAAACGUCCUACUAAAAUAAUUCAUAAAGGCUUCUUAAAUGUAAAACAUAUUGCUUGUGGACAAAAUCAUACAGUAUGUGUUGGAGAAAACGUUGUUUGGGCAUUUGGAGAAGGAGGAGGCGGUAAAUUAGGGAUUGGUAGCAAACAAGAUAGCUAUAUUCCUCAACCUAUUAUUACACUAACUGGGAAAAAUAUUAAAAAAGCAUACUGUGGAAAUGGGUUUACUAUGUUCCUCUCAGAAGAUGGUGAACUUUAUUCAUGUGGAUUAGACAAUUUACAAGAUUCAUCAGAUGUUUUAUCAUCUGAAAGAUUAUAUCCUGAAAAAAUAAAUGAAUUCCUUGACCAAACUGUAAUUGAUGUAGCUACAGGUCCAGACCAUGUAUUGGUCUUAACUUCUCGAGGUGAUGUAUGGGCAUGGGGUAAUAACAGUGAAGGUAUUCUUGGAUUUGGCCAUAAUGUACCUGUUCCAAAACCUAAAAUAAUUCCAAAUUUGUCAGACAAAAAUAUAAAACAAAUUGCAACUAGUCGUACUCAUUGUGCUGCUUGGACAGCUGAACCAUUUUCAAGGGAUUCCACAAAUAUUUCUCAUAAUGAUCUACCUACAACUAUUCCUUAUCAGUAUGGAUAUUUACAACAGUAUAAAAUUGCGUCAAUUGCAGUUAGAAUGAAGUGUCUACAACAAUUCUCAAAUAUCUUAUAUACAUGUUGGCAAAUGAUUCCGUUUAACAUGUUUAAAUUUGAUUGGAGUAACAUCAAACGUUGGCAUUGGUUAGCAGAUAAAAGGCUUAAAUAUUUAUAUACAAAUAAAGUCAUUAAAUUACCUUUGAUGAAAGUUAUUAGUCGUACAAUGAAUCAAGGUCAAAACUAUGGACCUCAAAUAAUUGUCAAAAGAUUAAGUAGUAAUGGCACAAAUUUGUGUAUAUUUGAACAAGUGGCCAAACAAAUAGUAAAAAUUAAUGCAGAACUACUUAGACUUCCAUCUAGAGCUUGGAAGGUGAAAUUAGUUGGCGAAGGAGCUGAUGAUGCUGGAGGUGUAUUUGAUGACACUAUUGCUCAAAUGAUGGAAGAACUUCAAAGCCAAACGGUAAAAUUACUAGUCUUAACUCCAAAUGGACGAAAUGAAACUGGUUAUAAUCAAGAUCGAUAUUUAUUUAACUCUAAAAUGAAACGUAAUAAACAACUCCUAUUGUUUCAAUUUCUUGGAAUACUUUUUGGUGUUGCAAUAAGAACUAAGAAACCAUUAGCUCUUCCAUUGUCUCCAUUAAUAUGGAAAAUGAUAAUUGGGGAAUCAUUGAAUUUAUCUGAUCUAGAAGAAAAUGAUAUAUAUUAUGCACAAAAUUUGAUAAGUAUACAAAAUAUACAUCAAACUGGAGUAACUGAAGACAAUUUUGAAGAGGCUAUACCGUUUUUAUAUAUGACUGGUACAGAUUGGAUGGAUAAUACUGUACCUUUAGUUCCAAAUGGUCAUUAUGUAUCAGUAACUUAUUCCAAUAGAUUGAAAUUUUGCGAGUUAGCAUUAAAACAAAGAUUUCAUGAAAUGGAUGAUCAAAUACUAGCUGUGCGAAGAGGUCUGGCUGCAAUAGUACCUUUACCAUUACUCACAUUUCAAACUGCUGAAAAUCUUGAACGUAUGAUUUGUGGACUGCCCAAUAUUUCUAUACCAGUAUUGAAAACCAUUGUUAGGUAUAGAGAAAUGGAUGAAAAUUCUCAAGUUGUUCAAUGGUUGUGGGAUAUUUUAAAUGACUUCUCAGAUUCUGAAAAAGUGUUGUUUUUGCGAUUUGUAUGCGGUCGAUCUCGUCUUCCAUCAAACUUAUCAGAUUUUUCUCAACAUUUCCAAAUAAUUAAAGUUGAAGAUAAAAUUGAUGGUUUACCCACAGCUCAAACAUGCUUUUUCCAACUACGAUUGACCGAUUACAGUAGCCGUGCAGUAUUUGAAGAAAAGCUCAAGUAUGCUAUUAACAAUUGCCGCACUAUAGACAUGGAUAAUUAUAUGUUAUUUAGAAAUACUGAUGUUGAUUCUGACGAUGAUUUGGAUAUGAUGAUAGAAAGUUAAUUAGCUUUAAAAAAUUAUCAGAUAAUCCAUUUGUAUAGUAAUUUCAUCUUUAUAAUCAUUAUAUAUAUAUGAUAUAAAUUAUCUACGGUAAUACUUACUCAUUCAACAUUAAAAUAUA